CUUCUCUUCCCACACAAGCUCUUCCCUUUCACACCACAGCCACCCCCAACACCCCUUCUUCACGACUACCGUACGACUUCCCUUACUUCUCUUUCUUCUAUUGAGCUUCAGUUCAUCUCUUACAUCUGUUUUGAUACCCAGUCCGUCGCCAUGUCCGAGUUCAUCGGUUCUCGCAUAUCGCUCAUCUCCAAGAGCGAUAUCCGCUAUGUCGGUACUCUCGUUGAGAUCAACUCAGAAGCAUCUACAGUCUCGUUAGACAAUGUGCGCUCCUUUGGUACCGAGGGCCGCAAGGGUGGCAAAGACGAGUACCCGCCAUCAGAUGUCAUCUACGAGCAGAUUGUGUUCAGAGGCAGUGAUGUAAAAGACUUGCGCAUCGAGGAGCAAACCAAAGAAAAGGCCCCUCCUGCUAUGCCCCAGGACCCAGCCAUCAUCGGAGUACAACAAGGCCAGCAGCGUCAGGACGUUUCACAAGAUCAACAGCGCCAGCAACAAGGGCCGCCUAACUUCCCACAGCAAGGGCAGUUCCCUCCUGGUGGCUACCCUCCCUUCGGCCCCGGCGGCCCAGGUCCAUAUGGAAGAGGCUUUCCUCCACAGGGUGGCUUUCCUGGCGGCCCAGGUCCGUUCCCACCAGGCCCUGGAGGGUUUGGCAUGCCGCCGUAUGGACCUCCACCUCCGGGCUGGUUCCCACCGGGACAAGGCUACAACGGCCCUCCUGGUCCUUUCCCUCCUGGCAUGCCCAUGGGUCCUCCUGGCUUCCAGAAUCAGAACCAGAACCAGAACCAAAACCAGCCACCAACAGGUCCUCGAGGCGCAGCAGGAGCUGGACCUUCUGCCAACGAGGGACAGUCACCUGCGCAGCCCAGCGUUGCCGAGGCUGACGGUUCUGCUAAACCAGCUGAGCCCAAGGCGGAUGCCAAGCAGGCUGGAAAAGCUCCUGCGCCCGCACCUGCCGCUCAGCAGGCCCCACCGCCGCCCGUAGAGUCGAAGCCUGACGUUGCAGCUGCUCUGGCACCGCCGCACACCCAGCCCGUACAGCAGGGUGGUGCGCAGAAGACGCCAGGUGGUCAGAAGGGUGGCCGCAUCAUCCCAGCGGUGCCUAUUGCCAGCCCGAACGCAAAGAAAUCGGCCCCUCGAGCACAACAGCAGGCUUCUGCGCCUGCGAAGCAGGCUCAGCAGGCCGCUGCUCAGCAGAACAAUGCUACUCAACUAGCUACUGCUGCCGUCGCCGAGGCUAUGGCCAAGCUCAACAUGCAGAACCGAGGUCAAACCCAGGCCCCGGUGGCUGACCCCACAAACAACCUGGCGCAGAAGGUAGAGGGCAUGCGUGAACGUGAGCAGCACGCUCGCCAGCCGCGAAACCCUGGCCAAGGUGCUGGGUUUGGUGGUCGGGGCGGCAGAGGCGGUCGAGGAGGACGAGGGGGUUCUCAUCACCAGCAGCAGCCUCAACAACAGCAGCCGAAGAUGGAAGUACCCACCACAGACUACGACUUCGAUGCUGCGAACGCGAAGUUCAACAAGCAAGACAUGGUCAAGGAAGCCAUUGCGUCGGGGUCGCCGCUUGGCGAAGGUGUACCCACGACUAUCGAUGCGACGGCAAACGGACAGAACGGUGCCGCCGAUGCCUCAGAUGACGUUGUGAUUCCAGCUCCUGCUGCCUACAACAAGACCUCUAGCUUCUUUGACAACAUCUCUUCGGAGCUGAAGGAUCGAGAUGACGCUGCCGGACGCCGGGGCCAGGAGUUCCGUACGGCUGAGCGAAGCAAGAAUAUGGAGACUUUCGGCCAAGGAAGCGUUGAUGGUUUCCGAGGUGGCUACCGAGGCCGUGGCAGGGGUCGUGGUCGCGGUCGAGCAGGCUUUGGCUUCCGUGGCGGUCGUGGAGGGCCCCGCGGCGGUGCUCAGUUCGACCAGCCUGCCGCACAGUAGACGUGCUCAUGUACGGAGUCAACAUCUUGACUGUCGCUAAGGAUGUGCGAGAAUUGUGCGGUCUCGACGUAUGGAUGGAAUUUCUUUUGCUCGAGCGUUGAUUUUGACCAAUGAGGUUUUCGUCCUCUUGCUAUCUUACACCCACUUGAGCGGCUUGGACAGGCAUUCUUACACAGUCAACGCCUUAGUGCUUGAACUUUGGAGUUUCUUGGAUCGGCAUGAGCUCGAGGCCAUGCCUGAAGAACAGGUACAUACGAAUUUCAUGACCAGGUCAUGAAAAAGAUGCAUGCCAUCAACAAUGAAAGAUGAAGCCGGGGCUCCCGUGCCAUCCUAGAGCCUGAUCCUCUAUCCCUUUGGUGUUAUCAUUUCGAGAAAAAACGUGUGGCCCUCU